AAGUUCAUCCUAUCUUACCAAAUAGUGAACGCUAUUUUAAACUAUACUGGCAUAAUGUGAUGCCCGGUACACACUUGUCCAGUGCAGUUCCGACAAGCGAGAUUCGUUGGUGUCAGUUAGCGUUUACACUCUGCCAGUUUGACGGCCCAAUCAGAGCGCUAUUUACCAACUGUACUGGCCAAGUGUAAACCGCGCGCGAAUUUGGCAUAAGUAUAAUAGUUAUUCCGACGCCAUCUUUCGCUGUGUUAACGCGUCUGUGUAGAGAAAUAUUUGUGUAUAAACUCCAAAGUCUUUUCUACUCAUAUUUUACUCAUUAUAAUAAAUAAGUGAGUCAUAGUUGAAGAUAUAUUCAAUGUAGUUUUAGAUAGUUUAUAGGUAUAAAGAUUACUAUUAAUAAUAAUGAUUAUGUGAUUAAAUUCAAGGAUGUUCCUUAUGUUGUACCGUACGCUUGGAUAAAACAUGGAACAUUGGGGACUAUUCUAGUGGCAUUCCCUAAUGAAGAUCUAAGAGAAACAACCGUGUGAUAAGAAAUAAAUAAUACGGACAAAACUGGAAACUUGAUGAAGAUUGUGAAACAUCUUAGCAGUAAGGUAAUAUUUUUAAUGCAUAUUAUUGCAUUUGGACUCUGAGUAACGUUAAAAAAUCCGACAUUUAGAGAUGGAGAAGAAAAUUAAGACCUCCAAACACUCGAUAAAUAAUCGAGCUAGGACUUCUACAGCAGAUACUAAAAGAAAAAUAAUACCAAUAAAAAGUAACGGAAACAAACUUAUAAGACAACGCGUAAAAGGGCCAGAAAUAGUAAUACAAAAUGUCAAUCAACAAAAUCGUGACAUCAAUCCAGGACCUGUACUUCAAGAUUCAUCGAGAAACACAUCUUCAUCAUCUCUACAAAAUUCUAGGAAUUUAGCAAAUCAUUCUCGUUUGCACAAUAAUAAAAGCUUGUCGCUACAAAGUAUAAACAACCAACAAUCGAUUGUACAAAAUAGUCCAGCCAUAAAGAACCAACAUGAUGAUGUAACUGAACAGUCACAUGAAAGAGGAUAUCUGGAAAAUUUAGAUCCCCAACAACAUUCGCCGAUUCACUACCCAUUAUCUCCAAAUGUUAUUAUAUCCUCGAUGUCUAGCGUAAGUCCCAGCGAUAGUCCAAGAAGUACUCAUCAAGAAGUAACCAAAAAUAUCCCACGCGUUCUACAGCAGGCAUCACUAAAUGAAGAAAAUUUUCCAAUUACCAAAUUGUCAACAGAUUCUGAAGAAACUAAGGAAAAUAUUUUGAUUAAUGAAUUGAAUGAUAUUUUAAACAAUAUAAAUACAACUAUAGCUCCUUUAUAUGACUCAAUGAGUACUAUACGCAAUGCGUUUUAUGAGUAUGCACAAAGAAUCCAAAGAGCAGUAAAUGACGUUGAUAAUUAUUGCGAGUUAAAACUUAAAGAGGUAACAGAAGUCAACAAGCAACAGACAGAACUGUCCAUUUCUGAAGACAGCGCUUCAACAGAUAAUUCUGACGAUAAACAUGUUAAAAUUAAGAAACAAUCAAGUUCGUUUACUUUACCUCUAAACUAUAAACAAAAUCAAGAUAUAUUUACAAAAGAAUCAUCUAAAGAAAAAUUGAAUAAAAACAAAGUAAAUUCCAAAUGCAACUCACAGCAUGAAUUAGAUGAACAUUUUCCAAUUACCACCAAAACAUCAAAUGAUUCAAAUGGAAUUAUUGAAAAUACAUUUAUAAGCGAAUUUAACAAUAUAUUAAACAUCAUAGAUGUAACUUUAGCUCGUAAACAUGAAUCGAUGACUACUAUUCACCAAGCGUUUUAUGACUAUACUAAAACAUUUGAAAAAGUAAUUACUGAUCUUAAUAGUUAUUGCGAUUUGAAAGAUAAAAACGUAACAAGAAGCAAUAACGAACAGACAGAGUCAGCAAUUUCAUCUUUACCUGAAGGUACCUCAGCUGCAAGAGACAAAGAUCAACAGACCCGCAAAAAUAAUCCUGAUGUUGAAGAUGUUACACUUACUAAGAAACCACGUCUGUUUGUUUUACCUCCAGACUACGACCCAAAUGAUACAAGAUGGACGUUACGACAUCGUAAACCUGGUCCAAAAAUUGUUGAACUAAUCCCAAAGAAUAAUAUAUAUGUCAAUAAAAAUAGAUUAGGUUAUAGUUGUGCUGUGGCAAAAAAUUGUAAUGAAUUAACAAUAAUGUUAUUACAGAUUAUCUUUUCUGCAAGUGCAUUGAGUGUGUGUUCAUUAACUGGUGAAAUAGCCAUUGGCAAACAUGAUGGCUCAAAUAUAAGACCUGGCUUGGAUGAGCAUGCGUUAGCAAUAUUACUAAUUUUCAUUAAAAAACAUGGAGUCAGCAAAGGUUGGCAAGUUCCUGAUACACUAACUUUUGUAAAUAUAAUUCAAAGUAAACUCAAAGCAAUAAGAAGAAAACCUUCCCUAUUUUGGUAACUGUACAGAAUGAAAUAAUUGUCCACUGUAUUAUGUUUUUUUUAAUCCACUUUAAUAAACUGUAAAUCUACAUAGAAUUAAGUCUUAAUCCAAUGUAUGUAACAAACA